AUGGAAGUCAAUGCAGCUACAUUUCCCAAGUCUGAUACCCUCCUAUCCUCCUCAUCCUUCUCUUCCAAGCAGCGAGCGAGACAGGUUGCCGAAGCGAAGCGAUCUAGGUUGAAGCUAGCUGCCCUACUGAGCUACAAGUCUGCAAUCGUCUCUUUUUUGUUUAACUAACUAUAAGAGAUGGAAAAUGAUUCUCUGGCAUCCCUCGAUAUUCUGAGAGAUGUGCAUCGCAUGGCGAGUUUUUUCACGAAGCAACUACUGACCCCGGAAAGAGAAUCGGUGGAAGCCAUCCAGGCGACGAUCUUUCGAGUUCCUGAUAACAUCCGCAGAACCAAUGCCGAUUCUUUUGAACCAAAGAUGGUCUCUCUCGGCCCCUACCACCAUGGAAAGCAACGGUUUCGAGCAACGGAUGAAAGGAUCAAAUUGCCCAAUGCCACCAACUUUUUCAAGCGCGGCAUCCGCAUGGACGAGGAUUUAGUGGAGCGCACUGUCGAGCGAUUCAAGGAGUGGGAGCCGCAUUUAAGGUGUGUCUAUUCGGAGCAGAUCAACAUGACCAGCAAUGAGUUCGUGGCGAUGAUGAUGCUCGACUGCACUUUCAUUGCCGAGUUUCUACGGGAGCAAGCCGCGGGGUGGUAUGGAACACAGAAGAAAGAGUACUUGUGGAAGUGGGCAGCUCCAUCGAUUGUCAACGAUAUGUUGGUUGCCGAAAACCAGUUCCCUCUUGGUCCCCUUCUUUAUCUCUUCGAUCAGUGCACGGAUGAUUCGCUUCACCAUCCUCCCUUAAUGGAAUUCCUCUGUCAUGAUCUCAUGCUGCAAAUUCACCGAAACCUCUCUUCACCCUCCACCUCGACCUCGAACGUUAGUAGCUUUAAAGCAAAUUCUCAUUUGCUCCAUCUUUUUCAUGGAUGGCUUGUUAGCCAGCUGCCAAGAAAGGAGAAACAUCUGGACACCGUCGACUUACCUUCCUUCCCGAGUGCUGAGGUGCUCGAAGCAAUGAGAAUACAAUUUACAAAUAAGACCGAUGGCAGUAGCUUCUUGGACAUCACUUUUGACGAAAGCAAGAGAUCCAUGGAGAUUCCUCAACUCAUCAUCAACGAUGACAACAUCUCCCUCCUCCGCAACCUCAUCACUUUCGAGCAGCAAUGCGAUGAGGUCGACAACUACAUCUCCGAGUAUGUUUGGUUCAUGGACUGCUUGAUAAACACUGACAAGGACGUGGCGGUGCUCCGGAAACAUAAGAUCAUCGUCAGCCGCAUGCGCAAUGACGAAGAAGUGGCUCACAUAUUCAACGAGCUCCGAAGGACGGAUGCCCCUGUCGUCGACUUCGAUCAUUUAUAUCUUGCAGAGGUAAUGAACAAUGUGCAGAGCUACUCCAGAAACAGGUGGAACAGACUUUGGGGAUUGUGGAAUUUCUCAUGGCUGAGGCAAAACUAUUUCAGGAAUCGGUGGGUGAGUAUCGUCGUCACUGUAGCUGUGUUCUUCAACCUUCUCACUUUGGUGCAAACUGUAUAUGCAGUUCUCAGUUACCACAAGCAGUGAAAGCAUAUUGUGAAGACUAGUGAAUAUUGCUUUGAUUUUAAAUAAAGGUUUAGCGAGUAUGUAAAACUAUUCUACUCCUAAUGUAGAUCGUAUGUAUAAUUAACUCAUUUGCUUA